UUUCAUGGGAAUCUGUUUGGGCUCAUGGAUGUCAAGUGAAUCAGCUAUGAGGGAGAAAUUGGAUUUUCCUAACCUUCCUAUUUGGACAGCCAUAUGGGGGGCAGAGGGAAUGAGGGGCCUUGGGAAAGGGGCAGAAGUUUCUCCGUCUCAUCACAUCUUACCACUGCUGGCCCAGGGCAGGUGUGCAGCCAACACUGGCUAGAUGAGGUGCAAAGGAGUCGACACGCCAGGAACUCAGUGCUGUGAUGGACUGAAACCCUGACACAAGAAGGUUGGAUGAAUUUGUACUUGGGAUUGAGCAGUGCUUCCCGAGUCAACGCCAGGAAAAGACCCUUGCCGCAUCCAGACAAGACCUGGUGGUCAAGGUCCUCAGGCCAGCUUUCCUUCCUCCCUUCUCCCUGCUGGUCCCUGCCCCAGAGGCUCCCAAGCGUCUCUGAGCCUUGGAAGACAUCAUCCAAGCUGCUUGUUCUCUGGAGAGCCUGUUCUAGAGGGUUGGUCUCUGGAGGAAACAUACUCAUUAGAUAAUAAUGAGUCAGCACCCCAUUUUUAAACCCAUCAAAGAUCUGGAUAAUAAAUGGGUGGAGCUUCUAGCCAUGGGAGCCGCUGGAGCUGGGGCAUGAACCUCCAGCCCAAAGUGAAGAAAGAGAGAAUGUUCCAGUCCGGAACCCAUGCCUACAGAAUUCCCGCUCUGCUCUACCUGCCUCAGCACAAGACACUACUGGCCUUUGUGGAAAAGCGGAUGAGCAAGAAGGAUGAGCAUGCAGAGCUGAUUGUCCUGCGAAGAGGAAGCUAUGAUGCAUCCACCCACCAUGUCCAGUGGCACGCUCAGGAAGUGGUGGCUCAAGCCCAGCUGGAGGGCCACCGGUCCAUGAACCCAAGUCCCUUGUAUGAUGAGAAGACAGGAACCCUCUUCCUCUUCUUCAUUGCUGUCCCCGGGCAGGUGUCCGAGCACCAUCAGCUCCACACCAGGGUCAACAUGACUCGGCUGUGCCAGGUCACCAGCAUGGACCAUGGGCAGUCCUGGAGCCCUGCCAGAGACCUCACUGACACCGCCAUCGGUGCAGCCCACAAGGAAUGGGCCACUUUUGCAGUGGGUCCAGGCCACUGUCUGCAGUUGCAGAAUGACACCCGGAGUCUGGUGGUGCCUGCCUAUGCUUACCGGAUCCUUCAGUCCCUCCAGAGGCCUUCCCCAUUUGCCUUCUGCUUCAUCAGCCAUGACCAGGGGCACACAUGGAUGAGAGGGAACUUUGUGGCCCAGGACACCCUAGAGUGCCAAGUGGCUGAAGUUGGGGGCGCAAAGCAGAGGAUGGUGUAUCUGAAUGCCAGAAGCCCACUCGGAGCCAGGGUCCAGGCCGAGAGUACCAAUGAGGGGCUCGACUUCAAGGAGGCCCAACCUGUGAAGAAGCUUGUGGAGCCUCCCCAUGGCUGCCAUGGGAGCAUCGUCAGUUUUCCCAACCCUCAUGCAGGCUCAGGAGCCUCAGACAAAUGGCUGCUCUACACUCACCCGACCAACCCGCAGCAGAGAGCUGAUCUGGGUGUGUACCUCCACAAGGGACUCCCAGGCCCUGACACCUGGUCGGAGCCCGCUCUCCUGGCAAAGGGCAGCUGCGCUUACUCAGACCUCCAGAGCAUGGGUAGUGGCCCCGAUGGGUCACCCCAGUUUGGGUGUCUGUAUGAAUCAUCUAAUUAUGAAGAGGUCAUCUUCCUCAUGUUCACCCUGAAACAAGCCUUCCCGGGAGAAUUUUUGUCUCAGUGAGCCAGUUGGGGUGCAGACCAGGAAGGGCUCCAGACGGAGAGGCCCAUGGUGGACCCUCUGGGCUCUGGAGACCAGCUCUUUGUUCUCUUCAUAGAGAGAGCGUACAGACGCUGCCUGCUGGCCCUUUUCCUCCUUUGAUGUUUCAGUCCUUUGAAGGGAUUCAGUUCUCACCCCAGAAGUUGAAGGAACCUGGCUUUCCACAGCCCCUCGAUGGGGAAGGUGAGGACAGCAGUCACCCUGCAGGACUCCGACUGCCUGCUGCCAGCCCCAGCUCUGUGCGGGUCUUGAUAAAUGAUGGAGCCCAGCCCAUUUCUAGAUGCUCAUCAGGUUCCUGGGGAAAGGCUGAGACAAAGAUGUAAGUUAGCAGAGGGGUGUGUGUGUGUGUGUGUGUGUGCGCGCGCACGCAUACACACAUGCACAUGUUUUCUCAGGGAUGCGUCAGAGGAGAUAGCAUGGGGCACAGCUUUGCAGAGAGGUAAGGCAGGUUGAGGAAAACUCAGAUAAUCUAAGUCAUUGCAUUAGUUUCCCAGAGCUGCCAUAACCAAUCAAUACCAACCUGGUAGCUUAAAACAACAGAAAUUUAUUCUCCAACAAUUCUGGAGGCUGGAAGUCCAAAAAUCAAGGUGUCAGCAGGGCUGUACUUCCUCCAAAGGUCCUAGGGGAGACACCUUGCUUGCCUAUCCAGUGUCUGGUGACCCCAGGAAUUCCUCAGCUCAUGGUUACCUACUUCCCUUUAAUGCCUCUGUCUUUGGGUGGCUGUCUCCCCUUCUCCUGUGUUUUCUUUUCUGUCUCUUACAAGAGACAGGUCGUUGGAUUUCUGGAACACCCAGAUAACUCAGGAUAAUCCUGCACUCAAUGAUAUUUGCAAAGCCUCCUUUCUAAAUCAUGUCACAUUCACUGAUUCUAAGGGUUAAGAUGUGGAUUUAUCUUUCAGAGCCACCAUUCAAUCCACUAAAGGCAUCAGAAAUGAUUCUGGUACAGGUGAUGUGGCCAAAAGUAGGAAUGAAAUUCAGAUUUCAGAAGAAUGAAGGGGAUAGGAGGGGCUGGGCUGUUGGAUGUGUGUCUGUGGCACAGAGCUUCUCUGGGGCAUCCGGUCUUUGUGAUGACAAGGAUGCCACCACGUGGAGGUGAAGAAAGAGUGAUGAGGAUCCUGUGCCUGUGUAGUCCUUGCCAUAUAGAAAAAGCAGGGAGAAGGCCACUCCCCAGUUGUCAUGAGGGUGAUAACCUGAGAGGGGAGUCCUGGGCAGACAGGGCUGACAUAUCUCUGAUCUCUGGGGUCUUCAGGGGCCUUUGUCAUAUGUCCCUGUGGAAGAAUGGACUUGCCCCCUGCCCCCAUCAAGCCCCUCUUACCAAUUAGAUCAAUCUAAUAGUUGGGUGGCAGCAAUCAGUGACAAUAGUCAUGGGUUCUUGCAGUUGAGCCAUGUCUCCAGGUGGCCAAGCAGUGGUUAAAUGGAAUUGUCACAGUGCAGGGAGCUGGAGAUAUGGCUUCUGUUCUGGGUGUGUUUCCUGGCACUGGCCUCCUACCUGAGUGCUACCUCUCUGUGCGGGGGGAUUUAUGAAAUCCAGCUGGAAGGAUAAGGAAAUAGGGCCUGGUUAUUGCUGGGAUGGAAAGUAAGCCCCUGCUGGGGUGGAAAGACAGCCACCUGCUGUCUUCUAAACCCUGCAAGUUAGCUAUGCAGAGGGCCUAGCCAAGAGAGAGAGGACAAGGGCAUGUCAGCCAGGGGCAGCACAACGUCAAGAGGUUUAGAGGUACUAAGGCCUGAUAGUGUAUGAUCCAAAGGAGAACACUUUUGAGAGUGAAAGGAGGAUGUUAUUAAUAAUUAUACCAAGACGAUGGACAUCAGUCAGGACUAUCCCAGGCAAACUGAGAGCUUUAAGAGAGAAAGACCCAUUAAAGAUUGUAUCAGGAUCUGGCCUCUGCUAACUACCCUGGGAGAGUCAAUCAAUUAAGGGUCUUGAUGUGAGUUGGGAAUAGGAUAGGACAUCUGGACACUGCCAAGCUCCGAACAUUAUUCUCAUAGACUCUGUCCAUUCACAGAGGUCAGUGGGUCUCAGUUCCAGUGGGUCUCAACUCUAACUGCUCAUUAGAAUUCCCUGGGGAGCUUUUACACCGUGAUGAUGCCUGGGCUCCACCCCUGACCAACUGAUUCAGAAUCUCUGGUGGUGGCACCCAGAGAUGAGUAUUGUUUUUUCAAAAACUCCUCAAGUUAUUCUAGUGAGCAUAAGGAUCAAGAACUGCUGGCACAGAUGGUCUCUAAAGUUCCUUCUACUUCUAAAUGUAUACAAACAUACAAGUCUUCUGAUUUGAAUGGAAAAAAAAAAGUUGAUUUGGUUAAAGCUGAACUGAUUUACUCAUUGAAAAAUGCCA